AGAGUAUAUUAUAUAGAUCUAGAUCUAGUACUACCACAACGUUACUUUACUAACUCUAGCAGACUCUAGCUAUAUAGAUCUAGAUCUACGACAUUGUGGUUGAUAGAUCUAGAAUAUAUCAUCCUAAAAAAAAAAAAUAUAUAUAAUCAUCUAUCUGUAUAUAUACUCAUAGUGACUCAUACUGUAUUGGUACUGCCAGUACUGGUAGGUACUACUCAACUACUGACUACUGUAUUACUAGGUACUACUAGAGUCUAGUAUACUUAGUCUUAAAACUGGACAAUCAGAGAACAGGAUGUUGUUUCAUAGUACAAGCAGAUUUUUAAUACCAUAUUCAUCAAGGUUUAACAUAUUAAAAUGUAAAUAUUUGGUCUUACAAACAUUGCAUCAGCCUAACAAGAAUUUUUCAACUUUAUAUUUCUUUCAUCCUUCGGUUCAAAUUGAUAAAGUGUUUCAUGAUUUGCCUGACAAUUUACUCUAUAAACAUUUGCCAUCUAAGAUUGGCUUUAAAAGAAGAGUGGCAAGCUUGUAUUCCACUAGUACAGUUAGUGAAGAUCACAAAAUUGAAGAUGAUAAACCAUCAGCACGGACACCCAUCAGAAAGGAAAGAAUGGAAGGCCAAGAACUAUUGAGAAUGACAUUGUCCCAGAAGAGUGAGCUUACUGCUGAAGAUUGGACACAAUUAGGAGAAAAGUUAACUGCAAAUGUAAAAGAAAAUUGGCAGGUUCUGUGCAUGCAUACAAUCUAUAUUGAUGGCAAUUUGAAUGCUGGGAAAAGUCUUAUUAGCUAUCUGAAUCAACAGAACAUAGAAUUGAGCCCUAUCAUUCUCACCUUUUAUAUUGGCUUACUUGGGAAAACAGCUAAUCAUUCAGAGGAUCAAGAAAAAGAAAUGAUGCAUUAUUUUAAUGUUCUGAAAUCUAAGCUUGAUGUAUUUGAUGCAGCUUCAAUUGAGAACUGGACAAUCAGAGAACAGGAUGUUGUUUCAUAGUACAAGCAGAUUUUUAAUACCAUAUUCAUCAAGGUUUAACAUAUUAAAAUGUAAAUAUUUGGUCUUACAAACAUUGCAUCAGCCUAACAAGAAUUUUUCAACUUUAUAUUUCUUUCAUCCUUCGGUUCAAAUUGAUAAAGUGUUUCAUGAUUUGCCUGACAAUUUACUCUAUAAACAUUUGCCAUCUAAGAUUGGCUUUAAAAGAAGAGUGGCAAGCUUGUAUUCCACUAGUACAGUUAGUGAAGAUCACAAAAUUGAAGAUGAUAAACCAUCAGCACGGACACCCAUCAGAAAGGAAAGAAUGGAAGGCCAAGAACUAUUGAGAAUGACAUUGUCCCAGAAGAGUGAGCUUACUGCUGAAGAUUGGACACAAUUAGGAGAAAAGUUAACUGCAAAUGUAAAAGAAAAUUGGCAGGUUCUGUGCAUGCAUACAAUCUAUAUUGAUGGCAAUUUGAAUGCUGGGAAAAGUCUUAUUAGCUAUCUGAAUCAACAGAACAUAGAAUUGAGCCCUAUCAUUCUCACCUUUUAUAUUGGCUUACUUGGGAAAACAGCUAAUCAUUCAGAGGAUCAAGAAAAAGAAAUGAUGCAUUAUUUUAAUGUUCUGAAAUCUAAGCUUGAUGUAUUUGAUGCAGCUUCAAUUGAGGUUCUUGUCAGUGGUAUUAGUAAAACCAGGUAUUACUUAGAAUGCCUUCCCCUGCUGAAACUCUAUCAAGAGUUUAACUCAUUAAGCCAAAGCCUUUUGUGUGACCUCCUUGAAGCAGGACUUAAAUACAUGAAUGAUGAAGUUAUAAAAAUGGCAUUUUCAGAAUUCAACUUUGGAGAUGCAGAAGUAUUAAAUAUAACAUUACGUGUACCUAAGAUGGUGCAGACAUGUCUUGUUUCAGGAAAUGAAAAAGGUUUUGAGAUGCUAAUGGAUUUUUUGCGACAGCAUCGUCUGAAUUUACCAAAGUCAGGAUUAGAUAAUAUAGUUGAACAUUUUCAAAGCUAUCAACCUGAUAAAUGGAGAAUGCAAUUUGGACAAAGCCAUCCUAAAAGGGGUACUUGCAAUGUCUGUCACACUCAAUUGAAGGAGAUUGAAAUUACUGAGUCAGAGUUUUCAGCUGUACGGAAAGCAUUCCUUUCACAAGUCAUCAUUGGUAAAAAUGUCUUCUAUAAGUCCAAUCCUCUAGAGGUCAAAAACUUUAUUCACUUUGUCAAAGUGAGGGGACCUUUUGACAUAGUUGUUGAUGGACUGAAUGUGUUGUAUAAAGGUCAUGGACCUCCUUCCAAAAGUAAACUUCAGCCUGUAUUAUCCUACCUAAUGAGACAAAACCAAAGAGUUCUUUUGUUAGGUAACAAAGUUCUAAUGAAAUGUCUACCAAAAAUAACCAAUCCUGAACUUUUUCAUGUAUUUCUCACUGAGACCACGAAAGCUGAUGAUGUAUUUUACCUAUACGCUGCCUUGCACAGUGGUAUUGAUUGCCUCAUUUUGACAUCAGAUAAACUGCGAGAUCAUAGAUUUUUGAUGCAGAAAGAUUUGCGCCCAAUUUUUAAUAAGUGGAUUCAAAAAGUACAGAUACAUCAUUGGUUCAAUGACACAACAACAUUUGCUGUCCUGAGGAGAGAUGUCUUUGACCUUGGGCCCGUCAAAGAUGAGGGUGGUUGGCAUUUGCCUGUGAACGAAGUGGAUAAAAACUUUCCUUUUGGAAAAAAUAGUCUUCUCUGUCUUCGGCAUAAAGAUUGGAAACAGGCAUCCAGUCCUGAUCCUGUUCUGCCACAUAGCUCCAUCAAGGCACAUGACCAUAGGUCACCAGGACAGAAAACAGACAAUUUGAAACAAAUGGACAAAGACUUCCAAGAAUCACUAGAUCAAUUGAGACAUUUUUACAAAGAAAUGAAUGUGAAAAAAGAUAAAGUUGAUAACAGAAAGAGAGUUGAUAAUGUAGAGUGGUUUAAGAUGUAAAUAUUAAUAUUGGACUCUGUAGAUAUUUUAACACCAAAGCCAGUGACUCAUCAUUGUCUUCUGAGAUAGGACCCAUAUGAGAUAUUUUUAUGUAGACAAAUGUAAAACAUUUAUAAUAAACAAAUGAUAAAUUUAAAAGGA